GUCCUGAGCACAUUAUCUAUCCCUCUUCUUUUCUCGGGUCUGCUAGCCAUGGCCUUAUUUUCCUGGGCUCGCCCACGUGGUCGGGUCUCCUUCUACAGCGCCAAAGACAAUAACCUCAUCUUGACCCGGAAAAAUGGCAAGUCUGGUGCCAAGGAACAGGUAGCUCUGGCAGAUCUCUGUCGCACAGCCACACCAGCAACCUGUGAUCUCAAUCCAUUCCUCUUCAAUGGUCACCUUCAGACCGCUUGGACUGCAGUCAAGUAUGAUAGCGUUCCGGUUUACUACAAGAGAUGGAUGUUCGAGGCGGACAACCAGAUGUUCGAUGGGCAUUUUGCCGUGGAUUUCGUCGUAGAUCCCUACGAGCCGUCCAAGAAUGAUCAGACCUCUGACCCAGAGAGAAAGUAUACUCUGCCUGAGGGACUACCGGAGAGGACCUCAUUCUUUACCGAAGACGAAUUCACGGCGCUUCCAUCGGACGAUACCAAGCCUAUGCUGGUUGUUCUGCACGGCCUGAGCGGCGGAUCACAUGAGGUAUACCUGCGCCAUGUGGUUGCGCCUCUGGUCCAGGAUAAAUCGUGGGAAGCGUGCGUUAUCAAUUCUCGGGGCUGUUCGCAAACCAAGAUCACCACCAAUAUACUCUACAAUGCCCGCGCCACGUGGGAUGUCCGUCAGGCUGUCAAAUGGCUACGGAAGACGUUCCCGAAUCGGCCCCUUUUCGGAAUCGGCUUCUCCUUGGGCGCAAACAUCCUCACUAACUACCUGGGCGAAGAGGGAGAUGCCUGCCAGUUGAAAGCAGCGGUGCUUUGUGCUAGCCCCUGGAAUUUGGAGGUCAGCUCGGAGUACUUGAAGAGCAGCUGGUUGGGACUUCAGGUAUACAGCAAGGUGAUGGGAUCGAGCAUGAAGAAGCUUUUCGAACAGCAUGUGGAGUCGGUCGCCUUAAAUCCACUGGUCAACGUCGAAGAAAUCAGGAACGUCACUUAUUUGCACGAAUUCGACCGAGCGCUGCAAUGCCCUGCAUGGGGUUACCCAACGGAAGGUGCUUACUAUCGUGAUGCCUCUUCCAUCGACUCUAUGCUUGGAAUCAAGAUUCCUUUCUUCGUAAUCCAGGCCGAAGAUGACCCGAUUGCUUGCGCAAAGGCUCUGCCAUAUGGAGAAAUCGCCAGAACCCCGUAUGGUGUCAUGGCGACCACCUCCUGGGGAGGCCAUCUCGGCUGGUUUGAGUUUGGUGGUGACAGGUGGUUUGUCAAACCGGUUUCCAAUUUCCUUAACCUCAUGGCCAAGGAAGUGGAUCACACCAUUCCAGGCACGGUUGAGCACCCCGAUCGCCUCCCGCCUUACAUUGCGCGACCUGCGCAAGACAGCGAUAAGACGCCUAAGCCGCUUUUCGGCCCUGUGCGGCGCAAGCUGGAUAUCAAGAUCGUACCCUCUUCACCCUAGAGACGCAUCAUGUGCGAGUACUUCUAGCGGAUCUGGAGGGUCGCAUACUUCAGAAGUUGGGGGAUUUUUCAUCAUGAAUGCAUGCAAUUGUUUUGGCAGGAUAUAGACCGUUGAAACGCCAGAGACCCAUCUAGAUACAUAGACCUGAUAUAGACAGCAUUACUUUUAUACAAAAUGAAACGGAAUCAAGCAAAUGAGACGCUCUUUCUCUUGCCCUUCGAUUUGGACGACUUGUCGGGUACGGAGUCCGCUUUGUCGGUUUUAGGGCCGCCCUUGUGCUUCUUAUUGCGAAUCGAUUGUUUUACCUCUUCCAGCUUGUUCUUUUUCUCCGCGUGCCUGGCCUCGGCCUCCUUCCUCUUCGCCUCACGGAUCU